GUUUUUAUUUCAGGAUUGUAUUAAUCUGAGGCUUUCGUUAUUAAAUGUUAGUGCAUUUUGUGCGCCUGCUGUGUCGUUGACUCACCUUUUUUGUCAUUCUCUUCUAGUCCUCACACUACUCUGCGUGCUCUUGUAGUACACAAAUUACCUUCUGGCUAAACACGGACCGCUACAUUCGUAAUGAAGCAUGUGGGUCGAUAUUUGACUGAAUCAGAACGCGGAAAUAUUCUAAACCUGUAUGAAGAGGGGGCAAAUGUUGAAGAAAUCGCAAAGUAUUUUGGACGAAGUGCAGCUACUGUACGAAGAAUAAUUGCUGGUACUUGGCGACCAAAAAGAUACUCAGGCGAUUGUUCAGAAGGGAUCUUGGAAGAUAAGUACUUAGUUCUCAAAGUGAAAGCCAAUAGAUUGAAGAACUUGAAAAAGCUACAACCAGCUAAAUUGGACUCCUGUGAUGUCAGCGUGCAAAGUCGAAGUUCAGCAUCCAAUAGCAAUAGGUCAUCAAACAAAUCAACAGACAGUUCAGAUAUUUAUCCUCCGAAAUUGAGAGGGAUUCCUGGACAGAUUGACAAAGUCUUCUCAAAAGAAGUAUUGCUGUGCUCUCAUGGCUCUGUUGUAUCCGUUCAUGAUUUCAUAAAAUUCCUAUGUUCCAAAGAGACAUCCUCCAGCUGUGAAAUUUGGUAAAAAAAAUCAAGAAAAUCCUAUCUAAAUCCUUAAAACUUAUCGCUCAUAUUUGAGCAUCUACCAUCAAGUGUCAGUUGAAAGAUACAUUAUUAAAGAAUCUGAUAAAGAAUCCAAGUUGAAUCGUGUGCAUGUGUUACUGGUAUUGAUUGCGAACUAAUCAUGAGUUAUUAAAAAUGAGUAUAUUUGUUGCUUUAUAUUUAGCAACUUUGAUCAAUUAUAGUCUAUUUCUAAAUGCCU